GGAGGUGUUCCAUAAUUGGAUUGAAAUAUGCAUAUGUAAAGAUGAUAACGUUCGUUUCUUUCCCUUGACUUAUAUUCUACCUUCAAAAACAAAAGUCGCACAAGAAUUUGCAUACUGGAGAUACAUUAUCAAUAAGAUGUUAGAGGGAGGAGAGGAUGUAAUCACAAUCAACGGUACUCUACAGAGACACAUAAACACACAUACUGAAGAUAAACAUUAUCAAUAAGAUGUCAGAGAGAGAAGAGGAUUUAAUCACAACCAAUGGUACUAUACAGAAACACAUCAACACACAGGCUGAUAAAACACGUCAUAAAUGUGAUGUUUGUGGUAGAGAAUUUACUAAAGGUAGUCACUUAAAGAGACAUGUAAGAACACAUACGGGUGACAAACCUUAUAAAUGUGAUGUUUGUGGUAGAGAAUUUAUUCAAAGUAGUCACUUAAAGCAACAUAUAAGAACACAUACCGGUGAAAAAUCUAAUGAAUGUGAUGUUUGUUUUAAAAAAUUGAGUCGAAGUAGUGGUAUGAAGAGGCAUAUGAGAACACAUACACCUUAUAUCUGUAAUGUAUGUGGUAAAGGGUUUAGUCAUUCUGGAAGUUUUCAGAGGCACCUGAUAAUACAUACAGGUGUUAAACCCCAUACCUGUGAUGUAUGUGGUAAAGCGUUUAAUCAGCUUACUUAUUUACAGAGACACAUGAGAAUACAUACAGGUUAUAAACCUUAUAACUGUGAUGUUUGUGGUAAAGGAUUUAGUGGUUCUAGUAAUUUACAGACUCACAUGAGAACACAUACAGGUGAUAAACCUCAUAACUGUAAUGUAUGUGGUAAAUGGUUUAGUCGCCUUGAUAGUUUACAGAGACACAUGAGAAUACAUACAGGUGAAAAACCUUAUAAAUGUGAUGUAUGUGCUAGAGAAUUUACUCACAAUAGUAAAUUAAAGAGACAUAUGAGAAUACAUACUGGAGAUGAACCUCAUCGCUGUGAUGUAUGUGGUAAAGGAUUUAGUCGCCUUGAUAAUUUACAGAGACACAUGAGACUACAUACAGGGGAAAAACCAUAUGAAUGUGAUGAAUGUGGGAAAGGAUUUCGUCAGCCUAGUACUUUAAAGACACACAUGAGAACACAUACAGGUGAUAAACUAAUGGAUGAUUCAAACGUUACGUUUGGCCCACAUCUCAAUGAGAAUGUUGAUGCAGAUGCAACUAUGCAUGAAUGUUUAUUAGAGACACAAAGUUAUGAAAUUUAUAAAAGAACGGAGAAAAUGAUGGCAGAGGCACGGUCAGAAAUGAAACUCCGGAUGGACAAAUGUUUUUCCGAUUUUUCAAAUGAUAUGAACCAUAUGUUUGCAAAAUUUGAAGGGCAAGCUAUGAAAAAUAGGUCCACCCCAAUUUUAGGACGGGGGAUUGAAAGUACAGCAAAUAUCCGGGAACAAAUAAUCAGGCAAGACAAGACUGAUAAAAAUAACAGUCAUAUUUCAGAUAUCCGACAGUCAAAACCUGAUAUAUCAUGCAAAAUAAAACCUCAAAUCUAUGACGGCUCAGAUGAUUUGGAGGAGUAUUUGACACAAUUUGAUUUAUUGGCAGAAAUAAAUGAUUGGGACCCUAAGACUAAGGCUUUAAUUUUGGCUAGUAGUUUAUCUAGAAGUGCUCGGGCUAUAUUAAAUGAAAUCACUGAUGGGGAACGGCACGAUUUUGAGUGUUUGGUUAAUGCUCUAAAAAAUCGUUUCGGUUCGAUGAAUAGGUCAGAAGUUUUUCGGGCUGAGUUGCAAACAAGGGUAAGAAUGAAAAAUGAAACGCUGCCAGAACUUGCACAAGCUAUAAAGAAACUUGCACGUAGGGCUUACCUGGAUACUACUGCUCUAGUUAUGGACACAUUGUCCCUUGAUUAUUUUAUUGAUGCAAUUCCAGAGACUGAUAUACGCCUCCGAUUGAGAGAGGUUGGACCAUCUUCAAUAAAUGAAGCAGAGAAUAUUGCUGUUAGACUUGAACCCUUACGUAUAGCUGAUAGACAGAAAGGACGAAAUAUACUGGAGAUAAACAUUAUCAAUAAGAUGUUAGAGGGAGGAGAGGAUGAAGUCACAAUCAAUGGUACUCUACAGAGAUGCCAAAACGCACUGGCUGAUAAAACACGUCAUAAAUGUGAUGUGUGUGCUAAAGAAUUUUCUCGAGAUAGUCACUUAAAGAGACACAUGAGAACACAUACGGGUGACAAAUCUCAUAAAUGUGAUUUUUGUGCUAGUGAAUUUAGUCAAAGUAGUCACUUAAAGCAACAUAUAAGAACACAUAUGGGUGAAAAAUCUAAUGAAUGUGAUGUUUGUUUUAAAAAAUUGAGUCGAGGUAGUGAUAUGAAGAGGCAUAUUAGAACACAUACUGGUGAUAAACCUCAUAAAUGUGAUGUUUGUGCUAGUGAAUUUUCUCAAGGAAGUCAACUAAAGGCACACAUGAGUAAACAUAACGGAGAUAACCCUUAUGGCUGUGAUGUAUGUGGUAAACGGUUUAGUUAUCUUUGUAGUUUAAAACAUCACAUAAGAACACAUACAGGCAUAAAACCCCAUAACUGUGAUGUAUGCGGUAAAUGGUUUAGUCAGCAUAGUAAUUUACAGGGUCACAUGAGAACACAUACAGGUGAUAAACCUUAUAUCUGUGAUAUAUGUGGUAAAGGGUUUAGUCAUUCUGGAAGUUUUCAGAGGCACCUGAUAAUACAUACAGGUGUUAAACCCCAUACCUGUGAUGUAUGUGGUAAAGCGUUUAAUCAGCUUACUUAUUUACAGAGACACAUGAGAACUCAUACAGGUGAUAAACCUUACAACUGUGAUGAAUGUGGUAAAGGAUUUAGUGGUUCUAGUAAUUUACAGACUCACAUGAGAACGCAUACAGGCGAUAAACCUCAUAACUGUGAUGUAUGUGGUAAACGGUUUAGUUGUUAUAGUAGUUUACAGAGUCACAUGAGAAUACAUACAGGUGAGAAACCUUUUGAAUGUGAUGUCUGUGGUAAAGGGUUUCGUCAGCCUAGUACUUUAAAGACACACAUGAGAACACAUACAGGUGAUAAACUGUGAUGUACAUUUGUAUGUGAUCAACAGUUUAGUCAAGAUAGCAGUUAAACGAGACAUAUGAGAACACAUACAGGUUAUACACCUCAUGAAUGUGAUGUUUGUGGGAAAGGGUUUAGUGAUCUAAGUAAUUUCAAGAAACAUAUGAAAAUACAUACAGGUAAAACAUGUAAACCUCACAUUUGAGAUGGCAAAGGUUUUAGUCAAUUUUAAUAGUAGUUUAAAAGAAAGUAUGAACAUCCAUAAGGCCGUACUUUAACCUAUAAUGGUUUAAUUUUUGAAUUGUUGUUUGGAUGGAGAGUUGUCUCAUUGGCACUCACACCACAUCUUCCUAUAUCCAUGUACCAUGCAAUUUACUAUAUGACACAGACAGAGUUUGACCAGCAUUGUAAUUUACAUAUUGACAUGAGAACACAUAACACAUACAAAUGUACAUGUUACUCAGUUCAUGACUAUGGUGUAUGUGUUAAAGGGUUUAGCUGGCUUAAUAAUUCAAAGAAACACAUGAGAAUUUAUGAUUGUCAUGUAUGUAACUUGUUGCAUAUGGUUUAGUCAUCUCUAUGAUCUUAGUAAUUUAAGGAGAGAUAUGAAAAUACACACAGGUACACAUGACAAUUUACAGACAUAUGAGAACACAUACUAGUGAUAAUUUACAGACAUAAUUAUGAGAACACAUACUACAUGUACUAGUGAUACUUUACAUAGAUCUAUAUGCGAACACAUACUAGUGAUAAUUUACAUAGACACAUGAGAACACAUACUAGUGAUUAUUUACAUAGACGCAUGAGAACACAUACUAGUGAUAAUUUACAUAGACGCAUGAGAACACAUACUAGUGAUUAUUUACAUAGACGCAUGAGAACACAUACUAGUGAUUAUUUUAAUACAUAGACGCAUGAGAACACAUACCAGUGAUUAUUUACAUAGACACAUGAGAACACAUACUAGUGGUUACAUGUAUUUACAUAGACGCAUGAGAACACAUACUAGUGAUAAUUUACAUAGACGCAUGAGAACACAUACUAGUGAUUAUUUACAUAGACGCAUGAGAACACAUACUAGUGAUUAUUUUAAUACAUAGACGCACGAGAACAAAUACUAGUGAUAAUUUACAUAGACGCAUGAGAACACAUACUAGUGAUUAUUUACAAAGACGCAUGAGAACACAUACUAGUGAUUAUUUACAUAGACACAUGAGAACACAUACUAGUGAUUAUUUACAUAGACGCAUGAGAACACAUACUAGUGAUUAUUUACAUAGACACAUGAGAACACAUACUAGUGAUAAGUGAUAAUUUACAUAGACACAUGAGAAUACAUACUAGAAAUUAAGUGAUAAUUUACGUAAACACACACAUGAGAACCCAUACUAGUGAUAAGUGAUAAUUUACAUAGACACAUGAGAAAUCAUAUUAGUGAUAACUUACAUAGAUAUACAAUGAUAUAUGAGAACACAUACUAGUUAAUAAGUGAUAAUUUACGUAAACACACACAUGAGAACACAUACUAGUGAUUAUUUACAUAGACGCAUGAGAACACAUACUAGUGAUUAUUUACAUAGACACAUGAGAACCCAUACUAGUGAUAAGUGAUAAUUUACAUAGACGCAUGAGAACACAUACUAGUGAUAAGUGAUAAUUUACAUAGACGCAUGAGAACACAUAUCAGCAUGAUUAGUAAAUAAUUGAUUAAUGUCAUUCCUCUAGAAUACUUGACUGUAGACAAACUAUAUGUAAAUAUCUGUUUUUGAUUGUAUUGUUAUGCGUGUGUGGUCUCAGGGAAGAUGAGUUUUUUGUAACUAACUAUAACUAUUUACCCUCUUUAAAAAAAGAAUUUAUACUAUUAUUGUUAUAAUUUUUAUUAUUAUGAUUGUAUGAGAGUUCAUCAGGGUAUUUUUCUAUGUUCAUGAUGUUAUAUACAUGAUAUAUAUAAAUAGAAUUAAUUGUUUGAUGGA